UCAUGAUGGUAGAGCUGCAGGGGAUACUAUCGAUAACUAAUGCUGCCGGACCGUUGAGGAGGGAGACCCCAGCGGCUAUAAAUCAUGGCUGUAAGCACCAACUGCUAUGCAAAGCCUGGACCGGCUCGGAGACAAGCGCGGACUGACCCACCUCAGUCCCGGAAACGGCCCGAAACCGGCCUGUGCCAAACAACGACUUGGAGUAUAAAAUGGAUGAAGUGAUUGCAUCUCCAGGAGAAGAUGCGUGGCUGAGCCUAUCACCACGACAUCAUGGAGGCAGCCUUGAAUGGGGAGAAGCCUCAACAGAAACCCCCAUUGUCCACCACCCAAGACAUCCACCAGGACCCGGAAAAGAACCAGACCACAGAUGCCUCCCCCCCAGCCCCCUACAGUAUCCUCUCCGAGAGGAAAAAGAUCUGUCUGAUGCUCACAGCCUCGUUCGCGGGCGUCAUCUCGCCUCUAUCCAGCACGAUCUACCUUCCAGCCCUCACCUCCCUAGCCGAUGCUAUGCAUGUGUCCACCGCACGCAUUAACCUCACCGUCAUGAUUUACCUGAUCUUUCAAGCCCUCGCCCCAUCAGUGAUUGGAUCAUUCUCCGACACCCAUGGUCGUCGGCCGGCAUAUCUAUUCUGUUUCGUGAUCUCCCUCGCAGCGAACAUCGGCCUGGCUCGACAAUCCAACUACGCAGCCCUCAUGGUGCUUCGCUGCCUGCAAGCCUGCGGCAGCAGCCCGACCAUAGCGCUAGGCAGUGCCGUGGUGGCGGAUGUGUCUACCAGGGCAGAGCGAGGGAAAUAUAUCGCCUAUGCCUCUCUCGGGGUGACCCUCGGGCCUGCCCUGGGCCCGGUGAUUGGGGGUCUCAUUGACCACUUCCUGGGAUGGCGCUGGAUUUUCUGGUUCAUGGUGAUCGUCUCCGCCGUCUUCCUCGUGAUCAUUGCUUUGGCCUUUCCCGAGACCUGCCGCGCAGUCGUGGGCAAUGGCUCUAUCUCAGCUCCCCGCUGGAACCAACCUCCCCUUGCGAUCCUCUCACCCACCAUCACCACCACUACCACCACCACGAACCCCACCUCCCCACCAACAAUCCCCCCGAAACGGCCUCUCAACCCCCUCCGCGCCGCUCGUCUCGCCCUCGACCGAGAAAACGCCCUCAUUCUCAUCUACGGCGCCCUGCUCUACGCCGGCAUCGCCGCCGUCCUGACCACCCUCUCCGGCGAGCUCACCACCUACUAUCACUUCAACGCCAUCCAAGUGGGCCUCUGCUACCUGCCCCUGGGGAUGGGAAGUCUCACCUCCCGCUGGACCGUCGGCUUUCUCCUCGACCGCAGCUUCCGGCGCGCCGCCCACCGCGACAACCUCCCCAUCCUCCCCAACCAGCAGCAGGAGAUUUCGAACUUCAACAUCGAGCGCGCGCGCCUGGUCGUCGCGAUCCCGCUCACCUACGGGGCUGCGGGGGUGUUUGUGGCGUAUGGUUGGCUGAUGCGGUACCGCGUGUCGCUGGCGGGGGUUCUGAUCAUCCUUUUCGUGGGCAGUCAUUUGCUGACGGGGGCGUUCACGGCGCUGAGUACCCUCGUGGUGGAUGUGAAUCGGCAGAGUCCCGCCACGGCGGUGGCGGCGAAUAAUCUCUUCCGCUGUCUGCUGGGCGCGGGGGCCACCGCGGUGGCGGCGCCCCUCAUUGGGAGGAUUGGGAUGGGGUGGACGGCGACGGUCAUGGCGGGGGUUUGGGUGGUGGGCAGUCCGUGUCUGUGGAUGGUGUAUUGGUGGGGGUUUGGGUGGAGGCGGCAGCGGUCUGUUGACAAGGAGGUACAUGAGUAG